AUGCAAUCAACGCGGACCAAGGUUAUCUUCUUCGAUAUGGAUGGAACGCUAUUCGACAUCGACCAUUCGCUACGACAAGCCUUAUCAGCCAUACGCGAUACAUAUAAUGCCCUCGCGGAGAAGACUGUCGAAGAACUGAUCGAAAAGUACAGCGCCGCUCUUCAACAAUCCCGUGAUGCGUACCUGGAUAAGGUGAUUACCUACGAAGCGGCCGACACUCAAAAGGUCCACCUAUUCUUUGCGUCACUUGGCUUGCCCGAACCCAGCCUUGAACAAGUCUGGCAGUUCCACAACACGUACAAGCCGGUUUACAGUGCGAACCGGAGACCUACGGCGGGAAGUGUCGAGGCUUUGGUCCGCCUGCGUGAAAAUGGAUAUCGCAUUGGCAUCGUCACCGACGGGCAGCUCCAAGAUCAGAGAGAAAAGGCCGAGGCCAUCGGCGUACUGCAUCUGGUAGACCUCAUUAUCACGUCCGACGAGAUUGGAUUUCGAAAGCCGGAUCACCGCAUCUUCGAAUACGCCAUCGCACGGCUCGGCAUGAAUUCGUUCGAAAAUACGUAUAUGAUAGGCGAUUCCGUCGACGCGGACAUCAAGGGAGCGUUGGAUGUGCGGUUGACGGGCAUCCUG